AUGAUUUCUUUUUGUCUUUUUGCCAGCUUUCUUGUUUUAUCAAGUCAAGGAGAUGAUUCAAUCAAAUCAGCAGAUUCACCAACAGUCCCGCAAAUCCCGAUCCGACCAGCUCAAGAUCAGCCAGGUUCGAAUUUCCAUGAGGCGGGCAUCUUUUUUUGUCAAAUUCCAAAGAACGGAGCUACAAUUAUGCAAAUUAUUCUGUGCGAUCUUUUUCGAUAUUAUAAAGGGAUUCCAUUCAAAGUGGAAUAUGGACAGGGAAAGCAAUCGAGCAAUUGUCAAGCGGAAGGCUGGUACAAGAAGUUGAGUGGGAUUCGAAGUCAAAACAAUACAUGGGAACCGAAUCAAGAAGACACGCUGAUUGCCGUCAUUCGUCACCCGCUUAAGCGCUUUCUUUCGCUCUAUAGAUACCUAUGCGAGCAACUCCAAAUGUGCGGCUCGGCAAAUAUUCACGAAUUCACAAAAGAUGUCUACACUUUGCUCACGACGAGAUCGAUUCAUGGCACUCAUUUCAAAGAUUCUGAUCAAAAAAUCGUUGAAUACCAUGCACAGCCCCAAACCUGGUUCUGCAUUUUGUCUCACAACAGUCAGAAGUUUCAUUUAAUCCGCAAUGAAGGAGAUCGACUGGCAAUGCACAGUGAACUGAAAACAGCUUUUGAAGAGGCUAAAGUGCCGAAGUUCUAUUCUGAUCAGGUCUUGUUCCAUGUUGUCUACUCCGAUACAGCACAUGCGAAUAAAGAUAAAGAUCGGACAAAACAGUUGGAAACUUCAUUUACACAAAAUCCUUUGUCAAUGACCUAUUUCAACGCGAUCUACUACAAAGAUUUUGAGCUUUUCGGUUAUCAGAAG